AUGAACAUUCCAUCCAUCGCCAACAGAGAGCAGGCUCUCGAGAACGACUACAUCCGCAAGAAGGAACUCGAGAAAGCCAAGGCGGCAAGCGCCGCAAAGUCAUCCAGCUCGUCAGCAGCAGCAGCAGAAGGCCAGCAGGCGGCGGGCGGUGCCGGGGCGCAACAGGGCUCUACUGAGCAGAAAUAG